AUGGGGUUCCUAAAAGCAAUAAUCAUCAUAGCAAUAACCAUAGGGUUGUCUAUCACAAUCACAAUGAAAACAAUUACGCACGAAUCGAAACCGGCAUCGAUUCACCUCGAUUCUCUUUCACAAGAGCAACCACAACUAAUCCUCCACGAGAAAAACAAGUUUCUUCCUUCAAAGAGGGUAAGUCGUCUCCUAGCUCAAAACCUUAAUGCACCUAUUCAUUGUCACAAAGACGACGAGAUUUGCUAUCUUUACGGUGCCAAGAAUGCUACAUGUUGCAACAAUAAGUGCAUGGAUUUGGGAUAUGAUAAGCAUAAUUGUGGUGCAUGCAAGAAACAUUGCAAAUAUACUCAAACAUGUUGUAGAGGUGAAUGUGUUGAUACAAACUAUGAUAAGAGGCAUUGUGGAGAGUGCAAUAAUCGUUGUGAAAUUGGUCAAUAUUGUGUCUAUGGAAUGUGCGAUGGUUACGCAUAAGAUAUUAUUUAUUGAGAAUCCAAUAUAGAUAUACGGUCUUAUAUCAUAUUUUUAAUUUUUGACAAUUGAUCUAUGAUCAUAUUACUAUACAAGGUAUAUGUAUGAGUUUAUUAAGUAUUUAUUUAUACAAUAAAAGAAAACAACAUAUUUUGGUGGUAUUUUCAAAUA